GGCAUCAGUCCUUAUCACGCCGCUUUCGACUUUUCGUCUUUUCGAUUCGGCUCGCAGUUGUCCCUUUGGGCGAUUACAAACUCGCGUUCGUGUUAAUCGUCGUCGUCGCCAUCGCCGCCGCCGCCGCCGCCGCGUAUUGCGAAUUUUUGGCCAUUCGAUUCAGCCAACAAUCUCGGUUAUUUUUAAUAUAAUUACCAUACCGUCUCCGUCUCCCGCGUCGUGUUCGCAUCGAUAUACGUAUAUACCUAAUAAGCCCGUCGUCGUCACCGUUCGAGUAGGUAGUUAGUUUCUUGUCUUCUGGUCCGUACCGUGAAAUUCCAAUGUCCGAUAUCACGCGCAGUUGUGCACGGCAACGCAGACGGUGUUCUUCUGCCGUGGACCUGACACAGUGAGAUGCCAUAUAUGGUGUUCGAAAAAUCUCGAUUACGUCUAAAAAAGAAACAUUAUGAUGCGUUCCACAAAGCGUACGUGCCCCACAGCUGACUUUAGCAUUUGAUAUUGUGUCGAACGACAACCAAUUGUAUCGACAUUAUUCGAGUGUGUCCAGAAUCGAUCAGCUUCGAAGACGGUCACGUCGAAGGAAUGAAAGAGAUGGAGACUGUCAAAGAAGAAGAUAGGUUGUGGCGAUUGCAAAUCCUUGAGAAAAAGAUACGAGAUCCAAGAAAUGUUUCAAAUGUUGAUUCUUUAUUGGACACUGUACAAGCAUUAGUGGCUGAUUGUGAACACCCUGCAGUUAAACGAAUGAAAAAUAUCGAAGCAUUUAUGCAAAGAUAUGAUAAAUUUGCAUCUGAUAUUUGUCAAUUACGUAUGAAACCUGAUGAUUUCAAUCUUAUUAAAGUUAUUGGAAGAGGAGCUUUUGGCGAAGUUCAAUUGGUGCGUCAUAAAUCAAAUAACAAAGUGUAUGCCAUGAAACUGUUGAGUAAAUUUGAAAUGAUAAAGCGAUCAGACUCAGCAUUUUUCUGGGAAGAACGUGAUAUCAUGGCACAUGCAAAUUCAGAGUGGAUCGUUCAACUUCAUUUUGCUUUUCAAGAUCAUAAAUAUUUAUAUAUGGUUAUGGAUUAUAUGCCAGGUGGUGAUCUAGUUAAUUUAAUGUCCAAUUAUGAUGUUCCCGAAAAAUGGGCAAAGUUUUAUUGUGCUGAAGUAGUGUUAGCAUUGGAUGCAAUUCAUUCAAUGGGAUUUGUGCAUAGGGACGUCAAACCUGAUAAUAUGCUAUUGGAUAAGUACGGACAUUUAAAACUAGCCGAUUUUGGAACGUGUAUGAGAAUGGGAUCGGAUGGGAUGGUUAGAUCUGACACAGCUGUUGGAACACCUGAUUACAUAUCACCAGAAGUAUUAGAAUCUCAAGGUGGAACUGGGACAGGAGAUCAUGGUGUUUAUGGUAGAGAGUGUGAUUGGUGGUCCGUUGGCGUUUUUGUCUAUGAGAUGCUCAUUGGGGAUACUCCAUUCUAUGCAGAUUCACUUGUUGGAACAUACAGUAAAAUAAUGGACCAUAAAAAUUCCUUAAGUUUUCCUUCUGAUAUUGAAAUAUCCCAAAAUGCUAAAUCUUUGAUCUACGCAUUCCUCACUAAUAGAAAAAAACGUCUUGGAAGAAAUGGAAUCAGUGAAAUUAAAGAUCAUCCUUUUUUUCAAAAUGAUCAGUGGAGUUUUGAUAAUUUAAGAGAUUGCGUGCCUCCUGUUGUCCCAGAGUUAAAUGGUGAUGAUGAUACAAGUAACUUUGAUGAUGUUGAAAAAGAUGAUGGGCCAGAAGAAAAUUUUCCUGUUCCUAAAGCAUUUGCUGGAAAUCAUUUACCAUUUGUAGGAUUCACUUAUUCUAGAGAUUAUCAGUUAUUGGGGAACAAUGUAACAAAUGGAGAAUGUUUACCCGAUACUGUGGAUUGUAAAGAAACGUCGCAUAUAGUUGUUCUUAAAAGGGAAUUGGAUAACGAAAGAAAAGAAUUAUUAGUUAUACGUGAUCAGAAUAGUAAACUAUUACUGCAGUUACAAGAUGGAGCAGAUCGAGAAUCACUUUUGAAACAAAAAUCAUUAGCUUUAAAUACUUCUAUUUCUAAUCUCCACAAAGACUUGAGAGAUGCACAAAGAAAAGCUGACAAUGAAUGUGAAAUGCGUAGAAAAACAGAAUCAUUAUUACAAGAAUUGAAAAGAAAACUUGAUGAGGAACAAAAUAAAAGAACAAAAGAGAUGAACAAUAACCAACAACAUAAUGAUAAAAUAAAUUCCCUUGAAAAACAGAUGACCGAUUUACACGAAAAACUAAAAGUUGAAACAGAUACUUGUACUAAACUUCGUAAACAAGCGGCAGAAUUGGGAAUUGCCAAAGCAGCUAAUGAAAGAAUGGUUGUUGAACUACAAACAAUGUUAACUAAUUUGCAAUUAAAUCGUGACACAUUGCACGAAGAAUUAGCAACAUUACAAGGUCAAUUAUCUCAAGAAAAAAGUUCACUGCGAGAUUUACAAUUGGAACUUGAAGGUCGUUUGCAAGCUUGUCAAGCUGAUCUUGUGCGCUCUAAAUUGAGAGAACAAAAAUUAAGUGAAGACAAUAGACAACUUGGAGAAAGAACAUCAGAAUUGGAAAAAGAAUGUGCAUCCUUAGUGUUAGAAUUAAAAACUGCUCAAAACAGAUAUCAACAAGAAGUGAGGGCUCACGAAGAAACAGAAAAAAGUCGAUUAGUAAAUAAUGAGCAAGCUAAUCUUGAAAUAGUGAAAGUUAAAAUGGAUUAUAUAUUUAAAGCACUUCAAACUAAAUUGAAUGAAGAAAAGAGUGCCAGACAAAAAGCUGACUCCCUUACUCAAGAAAAAGAGCGUCAGAUAUCAAUGCUUUCUGUUGAUUAUCGUCAAAUACAACAGAGGCUUCAAAAACUUGAAGGUGAACAUCGACAAGAAGUGGAAAAAAGCAAAGCAUUACAUAUUCAAAUCGAUCAAGAAUUAUCAAAAAAAUCUGCUUUACAAUCUGAACUAGGUGUGCACAUAUCUGAAGCGACACAGUUACGUGCUAGAGAAGCACAAUUAUUGCGAGAAGUCACUUUAUUAAGAGAAAAUAAACGUGCUAUUGAAGAAGAACUGCAUAAAUUAAAGACUGAACACUCAGUGACUGAUUUACAGAUGAAAGAACUACAAGACCAAUUAGAAGCAGAACAAUAUUUUUCAACUUUGUAUAAGACUCAAGCUGCUGAACUUCGUGAAGAAGUAGAAGAUAGAGAAAAGGGCACUGCCGAGUUGGAAGAAGAACGUGGCUCACUAGCUCAUCAAUUACAAAUAGCAUUAGCUAGAGCUGAUAGUGAAGCACUUGCUAGAUCUAUAGCUGAGGAAACUAUUAUAGAUCUUGAUAAGGAAAAAACAAUGAGAGAGCUAGAACUAAGAGACAGUCAAAAUCGGCAUCGUAAUGACUUGGAAUCAAAAGAAUUUACCCUUAAUAACUUGAGAGAAAUAGAAAAUGAAUUGAAGAAAAAAAUGGAGCAAUUGAUUAAAGAUAAUGAAGAGUUAAAAACCCAGUUAACUAUAAUUCAAGAAGAAAGUAAAAAGAAUUUCAUUGAGGAACUUGAAAAACUUCGAAAACAACUUAAACAAGAACAGCUAUUGAAAGCACAAGCUGUUAAUAAAUUAGCUGAAAUCAUGAAUCGUAAAGACAAUACAACUAAAGGAAAGAGUAAAGUGUCAUCCGCCGAUUUGCGAAGAAAGGAGAAAGAAUGUAGAAAAUUACAGCAAGAAUUGACGCAGGAACGAGAAAAAUACAAUCAAGAAGUUACAAAGUGGCAAAAAGAGCUUCAAGAACUUCAAUCGCAAGUGGUAGAUGAAAACGCUAGUAAACUAAGACUUCAAAUGGAACUUGAUUCAAAAGAUUCAGAAAUUGAACAACUUCAAGGAAAAUUAACCAACUUGGGUAGUGAGACAGCAUCACUAAGUAGUGCUGACAAUGAUGACAUUGAUAUAUACACUCAAGAAUCCAGAUUAGAAGGCUGGUUAUCAGUUCCAAACAAACAAAAUAUAAGACGACAUGGUUGGAAAAAGCAAUAUGUUGUAGUAUCAUCAAAGAAAAUAUUUUUCUACAAUUCUGAAAGUGAUAAGCAAAAUACUGAUCCUAUAUUAAUUAUAAAUUUGAAUAAAGUGUUUCAUGUACGAUCUGUAACUCAAGGCGAUGUUAUUCGAGCAGAUGCUAAAGACAUUCCUAGAAUAUUCCAACUUUUGUAUGCAGGUGAAGGUGAGGCUAGAAGACCUAAUGAGUCUGGUCCAGAACAUCUAUCAAGAAGUACAAGUGUAACAAGCACUGUGGAUGAAAAACCCGGUACAAUUACAUUAAAAGGACAUGAGUUUGUUCAAAUAUCGUUCCACAUGCCAACAAAUUGUGAAGUAUGUCCCAAACCAUUGUCAAAUGUUUUUAGACCUCCACCAGCACUAGAGUGUAGAAGCUGCAGAAUUAAAGUUCAUAAAGAACAUCUUGAACGUAAAGAAGAUGCGAUUGCACCGUGCAAGCUGCAUAAUGAUCCAACAUCUGCCAAGGAGCUAUUGAUCUUAGCGCCUAGUCGAGAUGAUCAAAAAUUGUGGGUGCAGAGACUAAGUAAAAAAAUCCAAAAGUGUGGAUACAAAGCCAAUACUAAUCUAGAUGGUUCCAAAAUAUCCCCUAGAGAAUCGACUCGAUCCACAUUAAAACUCUUUCCCGGAAGUUCUGUUCAUCAAAGAUCUGCAACAUUACCAUCUAACAUUUCUAAAUAAAUAAACCUUAAAAAAAAAUUGCUUAGAUGGUAAAGUGUUUAUGCAACAAUUAGCAGAUUCAAUUUUAAAUCACACCCGUGUACAUUCAAACGAAAAGGAGAUUAUUGGAUUACAAGGUAUUAUGUACAUAUAUGAUAAGUAUAUAUUUAUAUAUAUAAAUAUUUACAACGAAAAUGUUUUAUAAAUCACAGUUAGGUUUAUUGAACACCAAUUAGUUCACAAUUUAAGAACCAUUUUAAAAUGUUGGUUUCUAUCGACUUUUUAAUUGAUUCGCAUAGGAUAUAAGUUAAUUAUUAUUUUCAAUGUGUAACUCGCAAUGACUGAUUAUGUAUUUAUAAAAACCUCUGUAUUUUACGUUAAAUAAUUUCGAUAGCUGAGAAAAUUUGUUGUU